AUGCCUCCAAACAACAAGAAAAAGAAGAAGCCCGCGGCCAACCCAGCUCGAGGUUUCGCUACCACCUCCAUCCCCUCCAAACCCAAGCCGGAAUCGGCCACGUCCACCCCGCCAACCGCAGCAACAACAACCCCAGCAGAGUCCAAGCCAACCUCCGCAGCACCGGAAACAGAUCAGGCCACUCCUGCAGAGGGAGCUCAGCCCUCUGAAACACAGACAAGAGACACGCAAUCACUGCAGCAGUAUACACCGGAGCAGUUGGAGAAGCACCUGGAGGACGCGGAGCUCCAGUUACUGGUCGAGAAAUACGCGUCAAAGUGCAGAAAUGAUGCCGCUCGACAUGUGACGAAGCUGGAGACGGAGCGACGGGUCAUGCGACAACAGGCGACCAGUUCGCUGAACGUCCUCGAAUGGCUGCCGACGGAUGUGUUAAACCGGAUCCUGAAUCUGGUUGAGACGGAGGAAUGUGAGCUCAGUCCACAGCCAGGCGCGAAACGGACAUUCUCGGAAGAGGACCUAUAUAUGAAGCUAUGGACCCUGAAAGAGACCUUGAUUAGACUUGGAUUCCCCGAGACAAGGGUAGAUGAAGCUUUGAAACAUCUUUUGCUCUAUUUUGCAGGCAAUCCUGUUCCUACUAAUAGGGAUGCUUUGUGGAAUUUGGACGAGAUACUAGACUGGUUUGCUCUGCACUGUGAUCCCGCUGAGCUUCCGUCUUAUGCUAGGACGAGUGCGCAGCUGCCUAAAGAUUCAGAUAAAACGAUAUCCUGGAUAACUGAGGGUGACCAGCCAAAGUCCGGUCCCGCGCAAGAUGAGAGCAAAUGGGUUAAACCUUCUAAACCCGAGUCCAAAGCUCCUACACCCCCAGCGCUGGACUAUGACUCAGAUAGCUCGCUUGAACCGGAUACCUUGGUCCCUAAGUAUCUGGAAUUGCAGACCAAGCUGUACAGCCUCUACCCAGACCUCUACGAUAAGCCGAAGAAGGGGAAAAAAUCUGGUCGGGACAACACGGACAGUGGCUCCAGCGAUCCUCAAAUAGCGAAGGUGCAGCGGAAGAUCUCCAACAUUGAAAAAGACGUGCUUUUCGACCGUGAAGAGGCCGAGUACAAAUGGAGAGAAAAGCUCGAGGAUCUCAAGAAAGAGGCUUCGUUCUUCCGACGUACCCAGCGCGAGGAAGAGAAGCCUCCUCCGGCUGAGGAUCAAGAGCAAGCAGAGGAGACGAAACCGGAGUCGGAGUUGGAGAGCGAUGUUCUAGUCGCUGCUGGUGACAACGAGAAUACAGACCUGCUUGGAGACAUGUUUGGAGCCGAAGAACCAGAGCUGGAGUCUGGUGUCAUCCUUGAAGAGCUGAGCAAAGCUACGAUGUAUGUGCGUGACUUCGGAAAGUUCACUGGUCUCAGUCCUCGAAGGGUGUUAGAGGAAACGUGUAAGUCUAGGGAUACCGCGUGCAAGAUUAUCUUCAAGGACUUUUCCGCUUCAUCGUACCAGAACAGAAAGGCGAUUGAAGUGCGAUGGUCGAAACCGCAGGAAGUUCCGUUCGAUCUGUCGCUCGACAUGGUAACUAACAAAUCGAGCGCGUACGCUACAUACGUUUCUAUGGACAACAUUGCAACGCCAACUCAACAGCAAGCUGAAGCAUAUGUCUCCACGUUGGCUCUCUUCAUCCUGUUCCCACAGAACUCCAAGGAGGGCAAAGCCUACAUGCGACUCCCGGCAGUCUGGAGGGACCUCUGGACCGAGCUUGCGACCGUCAAGAAGACACAGGAGGAUGAAAUCGACAAAAAGACCGUCACUUGGUUGAAGCAACUUGUCCAAGAGAAUAACGGCGGUUUCGAAGACGAUGUCGUGUUAUCUGAUAACUUCCGCAGGAGGAACGGCACUGCCAGCAAGCCCGAAACACCGGUGAAGACGGUGCCCAGAGAGAGCCUAGGGUCCAACGAUCAAAUAGCGCAGGCAUGGAUGGAAAAGGCCUCGACACCCUCCUUCCACCACAUGAUGCAGGGCCGAAUGAAUCUCCCUAUUUGGGAUUUCAAGGAGCAGAUUCUCACCACACUGGACACUCACCGUGCCCUCAUCAUUUGCAGUGAAACUGGUAGUGGAAAGAGUACACAGAUCCCGUCGUUCAUUCUCGAGCAUGAGAUGCAACAGGGUCGCCCUGCGAAGAUCUAUGUGACAGAGCCUCGGAGGAUUUCCGCCAUCUCGCUAGCACGUCGUGUCAGUGAAGAACUGGGAGAAAGCAAGAAUGAUGUUGGGACGUCCCGGUCUCUGAUUGGUUUUGCUGUCAGAUUGGAGAGCAAGGUUAACCAGUCGACGAGACUAGUAUUUGCGACUACUGGUGUUGUGGUACGAAUGUUGGAACGCCCGGACGACUUCCAAGAUAUCUCGCACGUCGUGAUUGAUGAAGUUCACGAACGUUCGAUUGACAGCGAUUUCCUUCUCAUCGUUCUUCGACGAUUGAUGCAGAGAAGACCCGACUUGAAACUCAUUCUCAUGUCGGCCACUCUCGAGGCACAGCGUUUCUCCAACUACCUCGGCGGUGUCCCUGUUAUGAACAUCCCUGGACGAACCUUCCCCGUGGAAAUGAAGUACCUCGAGGAUGCUAUCGAGCUGACAAACUACCGGUUGACUGAGAACGAAUCGAACACUGUGGUCGACGAAGACACCGAAGAGAUGGCCGAGAACUCGCAAGGCGAUGCUGGUGGUGUUCAGUCAACGCUUGACGCUUAUUCGAAGCAAACUAGAGAAACGAUCCAAAACAUUGACGAAUACCGUCUUGAUUACCAGUUGAUCAAGAGGCUGGUCAUGAAGAUCGCCUCUGCGCCUGAGAUGUCGCAUUACAGCAAGGCAAUCUUGAUCUUCAUGCCUGGUAUGGCGGAGAUUCGUCGUUUGAAUGACGAGAUUCUCUCUGAGCCAGCAUUCCAACAGGGCUGGAUCGUUCACGCGCUUCACUCUUCUAUUGCCAGUGAAGAUCAAGAAAAAGCAUUCAAUGUACCCCCGGCGGGAAUGAGAAAAAUCGUUAUCGCUACCAAUAUUGCGGAAACUGGUAUCACAAUUCCGGAUAUCACUGCUGUGAUUGAUACGGGCAGAGAGAAGACUAUGCGGUUUGACGAGCGACGGCAGCUGUCGAGAUUGGUCGAGUCAUUCAUCUCGCGGGCCAACGCCAAACAGCGACGGGGACGAGCUGGUCGUGUCCAAAACGGCAUUUGUUUCCACCUCGUUACCAAGUAUCGCCAUGACAGAUUGCUCUCUGAACAACAAACACCCGAGAUGCUCCGUCUUUCGCUACAAGACCUCGUCCUACGGGUAAAGAUCUGUAAACUUGGCGAGGUGGAGCCGACCCUCCUGGAGGCCGUCGACCCGCCAUCUUCGAAGAAUAUACGGCGGGCAAUCGACUCCCUUAAGGAAGUCAAGGCGCUUACCAACACGGAGAAUCUCACCCCGCUUGGAACGCAGCUUGCCAAGUUACCAUUGGACGUGUUUCUCGGAAAACUGAUCAUCCAUGGGGCAUUCUUCAAGUGUCUAGACGCAGCCAUUAGCAUUGCAGCCAUCCUAUCAUCGAAAUCCCCAUUCGUUAGCACAAUGGGAUCUAACUCGCAGAAAGAGGUGGCGAGGCUCUCGUUCAGAAAAGGUGACUCGGACUUGUUGACUGUUUACAAUGCGUACUGCGCCUGGAAGCGAGCAAGGAGCACACCUGGAUCAAACGAAUACGCCUUCUGUCGGAAAAACUUUCUCAGUUCACAGACGCUGCUUAACAUCGAAGAUGUCAAGAUGCAACUGGUGGUAUCCAUAGCCGACGCAGGACUUUUGCAACUGGAUGCCUCGCAAAAGACCUCUCUGAACAGAGCCCGAUCCGGCGGCCGCAACCGUCAAUUCUUCACCAUCCCCGAAGAGUACGACAUCAACAGCUCCAAUGACACAGCAAUAAACUCCGUCGUCGCAUGGAGUUUCUACCCCAAGCUCCUCACCCGCGAGGGUAAAGGAUGGCGGAAUGUCUCGAACAACCAAUCGGUCACGCUGCACCCGACCUCGGUGAACAAACAGGCAGACGCAUCGGUGAAAUGGGUAUCAUUCUACCAUCUCAUGCAGGCUCGGAAUCGGAACUAUAACGCGCAUGAGACAAGUGCUGUGGAUGAUUUCGCUAUUGCGCUGCUGUGCGGUGAUGCAGAGUUUAAGAUGUACUCUGGGGUGAUUUCCAUCGACGCCAAUCGGAUCCGAUUCGCAGUGCGAGAUUGGAAAUCUAUGCUGGCGCUGAAGGUGCUCUCUGCGAGAAUCCGGGAGAUCCUCGCUGGCACGUUCCGUGAGCCGCAGAGGAGGCUGUCGUAUAAGCAGCAGCAGUGGAUUGAGAUAUGGCAGACAAUCUUUUCGCAGGUGAAGCAGUGA